CCGCCCCGCCCCGCCCCGCCCCGCCCGGCUCCCGGGAAAAGGCCGCCGCGCCGCUCCACGGGGACAUGAGUCCCGCUCGGCGAGGGCUCGGCAGCGCGAGCGGCGGGAGGGCCGCCAGGUGAGGUUGUGAAAUGUCAUCAGUGAACUCACAACAGGAACAUUUGUCCCAGUCAGAUCCAUCCCCAUCGUCCAACUCAUGUAGUUCCUUUGAACUAUUAGACAUGGAUCCUGGCAGUUUGUAUGAACCAGUUUCUCCUCACUGGUUUUAUUGUAAGAUUGUUGAUUCUAAGGAAACAUGGAUUCCUUUCAACUCUGAGGAUUCACAGCAGCUGGAAGAGGCUUAUGGCUCUGGAAAAGAUUGUAACGGGAAAGUUGUACCCACUGAUGGGGGCAGAUAUGACGUUCAUUUGGGGGAGAGGAUGCGGUAUGCUGUAUACUGGGACGAACUAGCUUCAGAAGUGAGACGGUGUACCUGGUUUUACAAGGGUGACAAAGAUAAUAAAUAUGUCCCUUAUUCGGAGAACUUCAGCCAAGUGUUAGAGGAAACUUACAUGCUUGCUAUAAUACAGGAUGAAUGGAAAAAGAAACUAGAGUCUCCUAAUAGGGAAAUUAUUAUAUUACACAAUCCAAAGCUUAUGGUGCAUUACCAGCCAGUUGCAGGCUCUGAUGAAUGGGGUUCAACACCCACUGAGCAAGGUCGACCAAGAACAGUGAAGAGAGGGGUUGAGAACAUCUCUGUGGACAUUCAUUGUGGGGAACCUUUGCAAAUAGAUCACUUGGUUUUUGUAGUCCAUGGGAUUGGACCAGCUUGUGAUCUCCGCUUUAGAAGCAUCGUACAGUGUGUUAAUGAUUUUCGAAGUGUUUCUUUGAACCUGCUGCAAACACAUUUUAAGAAAGCUCAGGAAAAUCAACAGAUUGGGAGGGUAGAAUUUCUUCCAGUCAACUGGCAUAGUCCUUUGCAUUCUACUGGAGUGGAUGUAGAUCUGCAGCGAAUAACUUUGCCCAGCAUUAACCGGCUCAGGCAUUUCACCAAUGACACUAUUCUGGAUGUCUUCUUCUACAAUAGCCCCACCUACUGUCAGACUAUUGUGGACACAGUUGCUUCUGAAAUGAAUCGGAUAUAUACACUUUUCCUACAGAGGAACCCUGAUUUCAAAGGGGGUGUAUCCAUUGCUGGUCAUAGUUUAGGUUCGCUUAUAUUGUUUGAUAUCCUCACAAAUCAGAAAGAUUCUUUGGGGGAUAUUGACAGUGAAAAGAAUUCUUCAAGUGUGGUUAUGGAUCAUGGAGACACAUUGACACUAGAGGAAGAUCUGAAGAAACUUCAACUCUCUGAAUUUUAUAGUGUCUUUGAAAAGGAGAAAAUAGAUAAGGAAGCUUUGAUUUUAUGUUCUGACAAGGAUCUACAAGAUGUGGGAAUACCCUUAGGACCAAGGAAAAAGAUACUAAAUUAUUUUAGGACCAGAAAAAACUCAUUGGGUAUUAAUAGACUGAUCCCACCAUCAACUUCAGGGAUGAAUUUGUCUGACCCCAAAGUUUCAGAGGUCUGCAAAGGUAUUGAUGAUACCGGAAAUGAGUAUUUGGACGUUGGCAUUGGACAGGUGUCUGUAAGGUACCCUCGACUUAAAUAUAAACCAGAAAUAUUCUUUGCCUUUGGAUCUCCCAUUGGGAUGUUUCUUACUGUUCGAGGACUAAAAAGAAUCGAUCCCAACUACAAAUUUCCAACAUGCAAAGGUUUCUUCAAUAUUUAUCAUCCUUUUGAUCCUGUAGCCUACAGAAUUGAACCCAUGAUAGUCCCAGGAGUCGAAUUUGAGCCAAUGCUGAUCCCACAUCAUAAAGGCAGAAAACGAAUGCACCUUGAACUGAGAGAGGGCUUGACCAGGAUGAGCAUGGACUUUAAGAACAACCUUCUAGGCUCAUUACGUAUGGCCUGGAAAUCCUUCACCAGAACACCAGACCCUGCCUUACCAGUGGCAGAAGCUGCAGAAGAAACGGAACUAGAAUCUGAAUCAAGUUCAGAGAAGCCUAAUGAUGAUAGCACAGAAGAGCCCGCAAUUAAGGAAGAAGACCCACCCAUCAACGUGGGGUUGCUGAAUGGAGGUCAACGCAUUGACUAUGUUCUCCAGGAAAAGCCCAUCGAAAGUUUUAAUGAAUAUUUAUUUGCUUUACAAAGUCAUCUGUGCUACUGGGAAUCUGAAGAUACAGUUUUGUUGGUCCUCAAAGAAAUCUACCAAACCCAGGGCAUCUUCCUUGAUCAGCCUUUACAGUAAAAAUGAACCAUCUGUGACUGCUUGAUAUGGACACUGAGGGGAUCCUUCCCCAGAAAAAUCUACUGACUUGUUGCUGCAGUUUUCCUCACCUCAGCCAUAUCACUUCUGCAUGUUGCCCACCACUUAUUCACCAAUGGGUCUUUGGAACAGAGUGGAAAAGCAAAGGGAAGAUCCAUCCUAUUACUUUUGACUGCUGGCUUGAUAUAAAAAAAUCCUAUUUUUUUCUUCAUAGCCAGGGAUGGUU